ACUUGCUGGGUUGCUCCACAUUGUGAACUACCACGUACCAAAGUCUUGAGAAAACAAUUCAUAAUUGUGCGGCAUCGGUAAAGUUCUUAGACAUCAUGUACCAUCAGCGGGUUUUACUGAUUGUUGUGUUAUACAUCAGCACCAGAACAAAUGAAGCAUUUGAACUAAAACUAACUUCAUCCAAGCCGAUAAUAGCACCCAACUUGGAAGAGUCACUGGAACUAAAAUGUGAACUCCAGGCCACCGACCCAUUAGAACUAAUCAAUGGUGGUGCCGGAAAUAUCACUUCAAUUACUGUGAGUCGAGGAGAUGAUGUGAUUGCGUCCAUCUCUUCAUGCGGUCCUGCUAAAACAUUCAGCGACCACCAGACAAUCAGUGUCAAAGGUGAAGUGUCAGGGGACUCUGGUUACCUUCAGCUUCACUGGACCACUUCAAGCACGAAACAGGCUGGAAAUUACACAUGUAACCUUAUCCUGGAAACAGGGGAACAAGCGGCCAUGCUGAACAAAGUCAUUACAAUUAAAGCCAGGCAGCCGAGCGUUGAAGAACUGUUAGACGUAAUCACCAAACUAAACGAAAAGGUUGAAAUGUCAGAAAAAGAGAUACAAAAUCUUACAAAAAGGGUUGACACUUCUGAAAAUGAGAUGAAAAAUGAGAUUAAUGCAGCUAAAAAGGCGAGCAAGCAAUCUGUGGAAGAACUAUCAGAUAUAAUAUCCAAAAUGAACUUAAGGGUGAAUAUUUCGGAACACCAAAUACAAAACCUCAGUGCUAGUGAAACGAUGAUUGACAAGAAAUUGACAGAGCUCGAUGUAAAUUUAAGGAAACAAGGGAUGAGAAUGGAAACAGGCUACCGUUAUUGUGGAAACUCCGAUGAUUAUCAAUGGUUCCCAGAUGAAGAUAACAGAAGAAGAUCAACAUUCCGUAUACAUUUUCAGACCGAGUUCGACUCUCCUCCAGUAGUUUCCUUUUCACUAAUAUAUGUCGACACCACCGCUUCCCAAAACCAAACCAGAUACUGGGUACGUCCAGAUGAUGUAACAACAAAGGGAUUUAAUUUAGUUUGUGAUACAUGGGCGUCGUCUAAAAUUUAUCAAAUAGAAGUUUUUUGGAUUGCUUUUAAAAAUUAAACACAGAUACACGGCACUAAUUUUGUACGAUUUACCUUUAUUUUAGUUUUAAUACCUUUACCUGCUCAAACCCUUUAAAACGCUAAUAUAAACUAUCCAUUUAUCUAUCCUCCCAUCCACCAUUCCAUGCAUCCAUCUAUCCGUCUAUGCAUUUGUCCCUCCAUCCAUCCAUUCACGAAUAUAUACAUCAAUCCAGCCAUCAAUCUAUCCACACACCCAUCCUUUCUCACCUUGUCAUCUGAUAUCACUACCGAUAAUUAUAACAACUUAACUUAGCGUUUGGUUACUCACCUUAUUUCAGUCACGUAAUAUGUAGUAUUUGCAAUUUUUUCUAAUGGUUCUCUAACCUUAACUGAUAUUCACAUUAAACUAAACUAUUGCAACAA